UACCAACAGCAGUCACAGUAUGGCAGUGGACUAGAUAAUAAAACGACGUUAUGGAUGGGUGAGCUUGAACCUUGGAUGGACGAAAGUUAUGUCCGUCAAAUUUGGUAUCAACUAGGCGAAAAUGUUAAUGUCAAAUUUAUUCGGGACAAGUUCACUGGUGCAAACGCCGGUUACUGCUUUGUAGAUUUUGUGAGUAAUGCAGCCGCGGUUAAAGCCUUAAGCACAGUUAAUGGAACUCUUAUCCCUGGUACCAAUCGUGUAUUUAAGCUUAAUUGGGCAUCAGGAGGCGGAUUAACUGAUAGAAAGGAUGACCGUGGUCCUGAAUUUUCGAUUUUUGUCGGUGAUUUAGGACCAGAAGUAACUGAAUGGAUGCUUGUGUCUGUUUUUCAGCAAAGGUAUCCAACUUGUAAGUCUGCGAAAAUAAUGACUGAUCCGAUGACAGGCAUGUCUCGUGGAUAUGGUUUUGUUCGUUUCGCUGAUGAAGCUGAACAGCAACGUGCUCUUCUUGAAAUGCAGGGCUCUUUUUGUGGAAAUCGCCCAAUGCGAAUUUCUACAGCAACACCAAAAAAUAAAAGUGGCUUACCGGGCACUUUUUACCAGCAACCCUCUCAACAGGCACCUAUUCUGAAUCAAUAUAAUGAUCCCAAUAAUACCACUGUUUUCGUUGGUGGACUAUCAGGAGUAAACAGUGAAGAAGAACUUAGAAG